CGUCAGGUAAUCGUUUGCGUAUGAAAAUAAAUUCAUUUUUUAUAAUGCGUGAAUUAGUGUAAAAAAUAUAAUUCCACAAAUGCCUCGAGAAAAGAGUAGAUAUCGUGACAAAAGGAGUUCAUCUUACAGUUCGGAAUCGUCAUACGACCGAAAAAAGUCCAAAAGUAAACAUAAACGGCGUUCUCGCUCUAGAGAUCGAUCGGAAUCUAGCAGUCACAGACGAAAACGGUCAAGUUCACAUUCAAAAUACAAACGGAGGAGUCCUUCCAGGAGUAUUUCGAGAGAACGAUAUGAGAGCAAGUCUAGACGUCGGUCAUCUUCGCGUUCGAGAUCUAAGAGAUCUAAACAUUCCCGAGAGCGUUCACAUUCAAGGUCUAAUUCUAGAAGCCGCUCGGCGUACAGAAGUAAGCGAAAGAAUAGAAAACGAUCGCGUUCUUCUAGCAGUAGAUCUAGUUCAUUUGAUAUAGAACCUCGUAAGUUUAACUUAGACGAUACAGAAACAAAGAUUGAGAAAGCAAUUAAAGCUGCAGAGGCAGUUGGUUUAACUAUGACAAAAAUACCAACUUAUGAGUACAAGGAAGUCGAGGUCAAAGAAGAAAUGCCAACAAUACAUGACAGGAAUCUUUUGGCAGAAUUAAACAGUGACUCAUUUGUGCAGAAAUCAUUCACAUCGUCCAGAAAUAAGAAAUCAACCCAAAACAUUGUUAUUGACUUGAAUACAGAAACUGUGAAAGUCGCAGAGCCAGAAUUUAAAGAAAAAAAUGAUGAUUCUAUUUUAAACUUUAAUGAAAUACCCAGUCAAGAAGAUCGAAUGGAGAUGUGGAUAAAGAAAUUAUAUCAGUAUAGAAAGAAAAUGCUAAAAGAUGAUGUGCAAUGAAUUUAAAUAUAAAUCUUUAAUAUGUAAACUACGAAAAUGUGAAACAGUAUAAAUAUAUAUGUGAAAAAAUCAAAUAUCCUCAUUACAGCCUCAGUCU